AUAAGUUGCCUCAAAUAGUUCAGGACAUCAGAGCUCAGUCGCUUUGCUCGCGACCUUGCGACAGUCAAUUGUCCAUGGAGUCGCGAAGUCGCUUCGCGCUCCGGCUGAUAAUGAUCCGGCACCUAUUUGUAAUCAGUAGGUUUUAUCAAAUACUAACAUGUGGCACUCGCAGCUUGCGCCAGUAUGAUACUGAGUUUGGUGGGAACGAACUCAGCCCAAAACCUUUUUGCAGCAACUUCGCCACGCUCGGUGCGAGCGACGAAAGCCUUAGCCAGAUAAACGCGCAAUGCAUUCACCACAUGAGUUGGCGGCGUGCUCCAAACUUUCAGUGACCCAUGUUGCGUGUUGCGGUGGUUAGCCGCACGACCCAGUCGACUAUACAAAAUUUCGUUCCCAGUGAGCUUUUAGUUGAAUACAAGUCUGAGUGAGAAGGCAUCACAUCAUUGCUGCUUGAAGUUGAGCAGCGGACGCCGCAGAAGCAGCGCUACUCACCAGCACGCAUUCAUUAGAUGGAAGCUCACGCAGUUUGCCUUCCAGGAUUCCAGGAAGCACGAUAGCUUGAAGGGCGGAUACAGAUAUGGAGCGUUACGAGUAUGUUGGUCAAGCCGGCAGCGGCGCAUAUGGUCAGGUGUGGGUGUGCCGCGUGCGGCCGCUGCCGGAGGGGGAGCAGGCCAGCGAUGGUCUGGUGGAGGGGCAACUCGUGGCGUGUAAGGUGUUUCGACAAGCACACACGGACAAAGAGAUCAUGCGCCUGGCGCUGCGGGAGGUGCGGGUGCUCAAGUCCAUCAACCACGACAACUGCGUGAAGCUUCUCGACGCGUUCAAAUCCAAGACCGGCAAAGUGUAUCUCAUUUUCGAGUACGUGGAGGGCUGCGCCUAUAAGGAACUGUGCACCUACCGCACCGGCCUGCCGCCCCGCGCACUCAAGCUGCUGGCGUUCCAGCUGUGCCUGGGCUUGAGGUACCUGCACGGCGAGAAGAUCGUACACCGCGAUCUGAAGCCCAGCAACAUCCUGAUUGAUGACGUCGGGGUGGUCAAGAUCUGCGACAUGGGGUUUGCCAGGUUCACCAACUGCGCGGACCCACGGGAUGCGGAGCGGCUGUCCACCUACGUGGUCACACGCUGGUACCGCGCCCCCGAGGUGCUGCUGUCACUGGACUACGGCCCCCCGGCGGACGUGUGGGCGCUGGGCUGCACCGUGGCGGAGCUGGCCGUGGGGGAGCCGCUCAUGCCGGGCACCAGCACGGUGGACCAGCUGUGGCGCAUCAUGCGCAUCUUCGGCUCCUUCCCGCCCGCCAUGGCGGCGCGCCUGGCCUCCGACCCGCGCCUCGCCGCCUUCCGGCCCGCGCCGCGCGGCCGCAGCCUGGCCGCCCGCCUCGCAGCCGUCGGCCCCCGCCUGGUGCAGUUCCUGGAGGCCUGCAUGCAGCUGGAGCCGAGGGCGCGGCCCACCGCAGACGAGCUGCUGAGGCUGCCGUACUUCUUCGAGGUGCCGAGCCUGGUGGCGGGUACGCCGCUGGAAGGGCUGGUGGCGAGGGAGCUGGGCCCACACACGCACCUGCUGCACGGCGGGGGUGGCGGCGGCGGCCAGGGGCCGCCGGGGCCGCGGCCGCAGCAGCAGCCGCAUCCCGCGGCAGCGAGCGCGGGGCUUCGUACAGGAGCGGCGGCGGCGGCGGCGGCGGCCCAGGUGGCGGGGGCAGAGGUCAGUGCUGCGAGGCCGGUCGAGGCCCAGGCGGCGGCGGCGGCGGCGGGACCGCCGGUGGCGCCGCCCGAUGCGCGGCACGGAGCGGCCGUGACGGAUCCGGGAUACAUCUUCGCCCAGCCCGAUGACGCGGCGGCGGAGGCGGCGGCGGCCGUGGCGGCGGCGGCGGUUGGCGUCGACGCCGCCGAUGUCGACGUGGAGAUGCAGGAGGUCACAGCUGCCGCCACCGCCGCGGCGGCGGCCGCCGCCAUCGAACAGGCGCGUAGCGCAAUGCAGCAACAGCAACAACAACAGCAGCAGCAGCUGGCAACACGUGUGCUGUCGGAUGCCGGCACGGGUGCAACGGGCCCCACUGCCGUCCCGGCGUCACGAAUCGGUGCCGUGCUCAUCCCCGUACCAACCUCGGCCGCCGCCGCUGCCAGCUCGGCCAACGUGCGCGCGUCGUCGGCCGUUGCCGACGUGUCGGCGAGCCUUUGGGCGGAGCGUGCUGCGGCGCUUGGGCCGCCCAGCGGCACCUACGUGGGCAGCCUGGUCGCCGACGCAAGCCCCAACGCCACCUCCCUUGCCGCCGCGCAGCCCGCAGCCAAGCCCGGACAGCCGGGUACGCCCGAGGGCCACGCGCCGCCGCCGGCGUCCAAAGCCUCUACAGGCCCCGGGGCGGCGGCGGAGGCACACCUGGCAGCAGCGGACGCCGCCGCCGCCGCGGCUGCUACAGCCGACGCCGCGGCUGCGGCGGCUGCGGCUGCUGCUGCGGCGGCGGCGGCUACAGCCGGCGGCGCGCCGAUGCGGCCUCACCUGUUCCUGCUGCCACAAGAGGGCGCUCCGGGCAGUGGCGGCAGCGGCAGUAGCAGCAGCACGGACAGCAGCCGGCACUACGACCGGGACAGCCAGCGCGACCUGCUGGGGCGCUCGCACUCCAACCUGAGCUCGUACGCCGUCGGCGCGGCCGUCACGGGCCCCAGCACUGGCGUCAGCGCCAGUGCCAACGUCGUGGAGGCGACACUGGGCCACCCCGGCCGCCGCGACUACGGCAGCCUGACGCCCGCGGACCUGGCGAUGGCGGCGCUGGAGGUCCCUCGCGGCUCCCAGGGCAGCAACGGCGUCCACGGCGGCAACGGUGAUUCCGUGUCUGUGGGUGGUCGCGGCGGCGGCGGAGGCGGCAGUGCGUCGCUUCGCGCCGCCGCCAUUGCCGUACUGGCGGCGGCGGAGAAGCUGGAGGUGGCGGCUGGCGGCGCCGCCAGCGCUUCGCACAACGGGCAGCAGGUGUCGCUGCAGGGCUGGGCGGCGUCGCGGGCUGGCGGAGGCAGCGGCCCAGGCGCCGGCGGCCUUUCAGUGCCGGGUCCGGCGGGGCAUGUGCUGGGGGCGGCGGCGCUGGCGAAGGAGGCACUGGAGGGAGGUCAGGCCAGGGCGGCUGGACAGCCCUUUGCAGAGGCGGAGCAGGUGAUCCAGGAUAUGGUGCGCGCGAAAGCGGCGCAGCAACUGGCGGCAAAGUGUGGUGGCGGGGCUGGCGGCGGUGACGGCCCCGACCCGACCCUUCCACUGGAGCGCAGCGCUGGUGGCACGGCAGCCGCCGUGUCGCCCCUGGCUGCACCUGUGGGCGGCGGUGUGCGGAAUCCGAGGGGCCGUUUGCUGCUGAACGAGGCGGAGGUGGAGCGCAUGAAGGCAGCGGGGCAGCAGCCGUCGUCGAUCGGCAAUGUGAGCGGCUUAGCCGUCCAGGAGCACAUGCAGGCGCAGCAGCAGCCGGCGUCGGGAGCUGCGGAGCCGCCUGCGUCGCAGCAGCAGCAAGGUCUGGGCGCAACGGCGGACGCCUCCGCCCCUGCCGUCAGGCGGCCGCCGUCGGAGGUGGACUUGUCCGCCGCCGCCGCGACCAUGGCGGCGAUGGCUGCCGCCGCCGCGGCGCUUGGCAGCCCGUCUGCGGCCCAGCUCCUGCAGCAGCAGGCUCUGUUCAGCCGCGCCAGCACCAGCACCAGCAGCGGCAGCUCUGAGCAAGGCGUGCAGCUGCCUGAAGGGACCACGCUGGCAGACGUAAUGGGCCGCGGCGCCGCCGCCGCUGGCGGCGCGGCGCCUGCGGCGCCGCCAGCACCGCCGCCGGCGGCCGCUGGCCGCGGCCGCGGCCCGUCGGGCCAGGCCGCCGUCGGCGCGAUUGUGGACCUUCGGGCCCUGGCGGCGACGGAUGCCGCCGCCGCGGCUGCCGGCUCUGCCGACGGCGGCACUGGACCUCGCGUGUUGUCUGGUCUGGUGCCGACCAUCCUGCCGGCCGUGCAACCACAGCCGCAGCGGCGGAUCCUGCCGACCAGCUCGGUGCCGCUGCAGGUCGGCGGAGGCGGCGCCGGCAUACGGCCGCAGACCGACAGCGGCGCCGCCGACGGGCCAAUGCAAACGGCGGCGGCGGCGGCGGCGCUGGGCGCCGGCGGCACAUACACCGGCGGCGGCGGCCGCCCCAUGCACCCGUUCAUGCGCGCCGCGCUGCAAGGCCAAGCCAGCCGCAGGGCUGCCGCCGCCGCGGCGGCGGCCGCUGGUGGCAGCACCAAAGUCCUGAGCCUCAGCGGCGCCGCCAACCCUCGCCUGUCUGGUCAAAUGUCGGGCGAGCUCCACAACUUCCUCUUCACAACCUCGCCUGGCGGCGCCUUCGCCAGCGCUUUCGCCGGCGCCGGCGCCUCCGCCGGCGCUGGGCCGUUGCAGCUGCCCGGCGGCGGCGCCAGCGGCCUGCUCAGCAACCAGCAUACCGGCGAGCUAGCCAGCGAGCUGAGUAGCACCUACCUGGUGGGCCCCAACGGCGAGCUCCUGAUGGAGGUGGGGACGCCCAUGGGCGCGCCGCAGCUCGCCUCCGCCAUCCCGGGGCUGGUGUACCCGCACCGCCGCCCGCCGCCGCUGUCGCGCAUGCCCUCGCACGGCAUGCUCAGCACGUGCGGCUCCAUCGUCAACAUGCCCUCCGGCACGCUCUCACCCUCGGCGGCGGCGCUGUACGGCAUCGGCGGUACAGCCAUGCACGCGGGAAUGCUGCCCGGCGGCGGCACCAUCAGCGGUUGCGCCGAUGACGUGUUCAACAUGAGUCCCAACCUGCCCGCGCUACAGCUGCCGGGAUCGCCGUACCACAGGGAUGUGUACAGCGGAAGCGGCGGCACCGGCGGCUCGUCGGCGGCGGCGGCUCAGCUGGCUGCCCUGCAGCGGCGCACCAUGGACGGCCAGCAGCGCUUCGCCAUCGCCGCGGGUGUGGAGGCGGGUCGCGUCAGCUACAACGGCAGCGCCGGCGGCCUGGCGCCGGCUGGCCGGGCCGGCAUUGCCGGUGUGCCCCCUGGCGGCAGCAUGCGCCGCCUAAUGAAGCAGGCCGGCGCCGCCGCCGACCCGGCGAUAAGCUCGUCGGCCGGCGCCGUCGGCGCCGGCGCUGCGGUGGCGGCGCUGCUCGCGCGCAACGCCGCCUCGGCGGCGCAAACGCCCACGGCGGCGGGUGCCGGCGGCGGCGGCGGCGGUGCCGGCAUGUCGGCGCCGCUGGUGAAGUCGGCAUUCCAGGCCGCCGGCAGCGGCAUGGGCUCGCCGCGUGAGUCGGGUGCGCCCAACACCGCGUGGGCGUGGGAGGCGCGGCCGCCGCUGGAGCUGCAGCUGUCGGGCGGCGGUGCCGUCGUGAGCCCGCGCGGCAGCGGCGGCCUGUCUCCUCCAGGCGCCGCCGCCGUCGACACCGACGGCACGCCGCGCUCGUCGCGCUCCCUCCGACUCAUGGCAACAAACAAGGCCGCCUCACACCGCCUGUCCAAUGCCGGCAACGCAGCGUUUGGCGUGACGGCGACGGCGGUGGUGGCGACCGCCGCGUCUCGCAGCAGCCUCGGCGGGCCGGCCCCCGUGGGAUCCAACAGCGCCACCGCUACCGCGCUGCUGGCAGCGAAUGCCAGCAUGUCUCGCCUGGUUGGUGGCGGCGGCGCCAGCGGCAGCAGCGGCGGCGUGGGCAGUGGUCCUUCGUUGACGGCGCGCCUGGUGGCGCCCGGCGCCGCUGCCGCUGCAGGCGGCACGGCGGCGGUGCCGGCGGUGGGCGUGGACUCGCCGUCAGGGCCGCUGGCGCCGGGCAGUGGCGUGCGCGGCGGCGCUCCAGCCACCAGCGGCGGCAGCGGCGGCGGCGGCCGAGCGCUGCAGGGCUCGAGCGCAGGGUCGCCUGGCGGCGGCGGCGGCAGCAACAGCACGCGUGUACUACCCGCGCCGGCGGCCUUCCAUGCUUCUCAGGAGGAGGCGGCCGCCGCCAGCGCCGCCGCCAGCCGUCAGGCGGCAGCGGGCGCGGGCGCAUUGGAAUCCAUGGGUUCGCAGCACAGCAACGCUGGUGUCGCCGCCGCUGCGUCGCCGCGUGACGCCAGUGACGGCCACCGCUGCCAGGACUCGGGUCAGGAGCAGUACGGCGGCGCCGCCAGUCCCGGCGGGUGUGCCGUUGGCGCCGCCAAGGGUGACAAGUCGCUUCUGGCCCGGGCGAAGGGCAAGAUCAAGCGUUUGUUCUCGGCCCAGAGUAAGAACUAGAGGCGGCAAGAGAAGGCAGACGCAGGAGGCUGCAGGGUUGAUAAGGAAAGGGUAGGGCGGAAGCGACAGAGGCGGCCUGCUGCCGUUUGGGAGGCAGAGCAGCACGCGGCACCCAGCCGUACGAGGCGCACCAGCGCAAGAAGGAGAAGCAGGAAAACAAGGAGGAGGGAAAGGGAAGAGGUGGGGGGCGGGGGGGGGGGGGGUGCGUUCAGCACUAUCACUGUGGAAUGGCCUCAAAUGCGUCAGCCAGAUGCUCGGGGUGUGAUUACGGGGGAUAGGCCGGGGAAGGGUAUGAUACUACACAGUGGGACAGGGCCGGUUCCCGUUCCGGCGUUGACACUGGGACGGGACUUAGUGCGUACCGUAGCACUGAGUCCGGCCGAGCUUUCGGCUUUGCUUAAGUUGCAGAGCCGUCAAACAGUAGAUGUAUGCCUGCACAAGAUCUGGGUGUUUGAUUGCGGGGCUCAAGACGGACCUUGGUGGCUUGGGUGGGGAAAGGUGGCCGGUUUUUGCGGCCCUGGGGCUGUGGACCGGGGGCUUCCUGUUCCUUGAAACUCGACUACUGUCAUAUGACGGAAGUUUGAAAGUAUAUCCAGUUAUACUCACGUAACCGCGUGCGUAAUUGAUGCGUUCAGGUUGGAUCCGUACGCAUGCUUUUCCUGGGCAAAACAAUAUCGCACGGCCGUACACGGCGGGGUUGCGACAGGUGCCCGAACUGAUUGGGUGGCCAAAUACCAUAUGGAUGUGUGCCGAGCUACCGAAACACCGCCCGCUGCAUGAGAGCGGGCCGAGUGCAGUCUGGUCAACGAUAUGAUCGCGUGUAUCACGCUUUUAUAUUACAGCAAGUUCGUGCCUCAGCGCCGUGAACGACCGCGUGGGUGCUACGCACAGAACGCCUAGCUGAGCCGUGUAUGCUGAUGAUAUUGAAUAAUGCGGGAUAUUAAAUGAUGCGGGAUACUCUCACUGAAAGGUAGAUGUGCAUCUCGACAUGUAACCCGUAAUGAUGCGUUGUGUGGGCGGAGCGCAGCUCAGCGCAAUGGUGUCGUGAUUCACAUUCUCGGCGAGGCCGCUG